AUCGGUUCGAUGAUUCAAUUCCCCUAUCUGCUUGCUAUUUGUUUCUCCACUAGGUAAGUAGAAGAGCAUAACAAUGGCGGUAAUCUCUCAGAAUCUGUCUCCCAUUGUGGCCACUCCGAGCUUCCCAAUUCUUUCCAACCAAAACGAACACAAAACAAUAACCGAAAGCUCCUCUCUUGCUGUAUCGUUGAAGAACUGUAAAACCAUUACUGAACUCGAGCAAUUACACUGUCACAUGACCAAGCAAGGCCUCAAUCGCGACCAUUCUGCCAUGUGCAAGUUUAUGAGCGCCUGCACCGAGAUGGGCACCUUUGAUAGCUUGAAUUACGCUCGGAAAGCCUUUGAGCAAUUUAAGGAAGACGGUGACACCAGUGGCUCUUCGUUUAUGUAUAAUUGUUUGAUUAGAGGUUGCUCUUCACUUGGUCUUUGUGAUGAAGCUAUUUUGAUUUAUAAUCACAUGGUAGACAUGGGGAUUGCUCCUGAUAAAUACACUUUCCCGUUUUUCUUAAGCGCGUGCUCAAAGAUUGCAGCUUUCAGUGAGGGUGUUCAGGUUCAUUCUGCAAUUUUAAAAAUGGGUUUUGAAGAUGUGUAUACGCAGAAUUCUUUGAUAUAUUUCUAUACGGAAUGUGGAGAGGUUGUUUGUGGCCGCAAGGUGUUUGAUGAAAUGCGUGAGAGAAAUGUUGUGACGUGGACCAGCUUGAUUUGUGGUUAUGCCAGGAUGGGUUUUGCUAAGGAGGCGGUUGAUUUGUUUUUUGAGAUGGUGAAGGAAGGGAUUAGGCCCAACUCAGUUACACUGGUUUGUGUAAUUUCUGCUUGUGCAAAGUUGCGGGAUCUUGAACUGGGUGAAAGAGUAUGUGGAUAUAUUGAGGAGUCUGGUGGCGUGAAGGCUAAUGCUCAAAUGUUGAGUGCACUAGUUGAUAUGUACAUGAAGUGUGGUGCAACUGAUGCUGCAAAGCAGCUUUUUGAUGAAUGUGUUGACAAAAACUUGGUUUUGUGCAAUACAAUCAUGUCAAAUUAUGUACAAACAGGGCUAGCAAAAGAAGCACUGGCUAUCUUAGAUGAGUUUCCAGCACAGAGACUUCGGCCUGACAGGGUUACAGUUUUAUCAGCAAUCUCAGCAUGUGCACAACUAGGAAGUAUUUUGUGGGGAAAGUGUUGCCAUGGUUAUGUUUUGAGGAAUGGUUUAGAAUGUUGGGAUAGUGUUUCUAAUGCUUUGAUUGACAUGUAUAUGAAGUGUUGCAAACAAGAAAUGGCCUGUAAAAUUUUUGACCACAUGACAAACAAGACUGUGGUUUCGUGGAAUUCACUAAUUGCAGGUUUAAUUAGAAAUGGUGACAUUGAUUCAGCUUGGAAAAUUUUCAACAAGAUGCCAGAAAGUGAUAGUGUCUCUUGGAACACCAUGAUUAGUGGUUUGGUACAGGAGAGCAUGUUCAAAGAAGCCACUGAGCUCUUCCGAGUGAUGCGAAGUAAGGGAAUAAAAGCAGAUAGGGUGACCAUGGUGAGUAUUGCAUCUGCCUGUGGAUAUUUGGGGGCACUUGAUCUGGCAAAGUGGAUCUAUGCUUAUAUUGAAAAGAAUGAGAUUCAUUGUGACAUUCGACUUGGUACAGCUUUAGUUGAUAUGUUUGCCAGGUGUGGUGAUCCUUCAAGUGCAAUGCAUAUCUUCAAUAAAAUGGAAAAAAGGGAUGUUUCAGCUUGGACUGUUGCCAUUGGAGCAAUGGCUAUAAAUGGAAAUGGUAAUCAAGCUAUUGCUCUUUUCAACCAGAUGCUCAAGCAAGGAGUGAAACCAGAUGGGGUAGUAUUUGUAAGGUUGCUAGCAGCAUGCAGCCAUGGAGGUUUAAUUGAGGAAGGACGGUAUCUUUUCAGGUCAAUGACGGGAAUCCAUGGAAUAUCUCCCCAGAUCAUCCACUAUGGUUGCAUGGUUGACUUACUUGGUCGAGCUGGGCUGUUUGAAGAAGCUCUAGAUAUAAUAAAAAGCAUGCCUAUGGAGCCCAACGAUGUAAUUUGGAGUUCUCUUUUGGCUGCAUGCCGGAUGCACCAAAACGUUGAUAUGGCAGCAUAUGCAGCUCAAAGGAUAAGGGAAUUGGCUCCAGAGAGGACUGGUGUCCAUGUGCUUCUGUCAAACAUCUAUGCUUCUGCUGGGAAAUGGACUGAUGUUGCAAAUGUGAGGUUGGAAUUGAAGGAGAAAGGGGCACGGAAAGUGCCUGGGUCAAGCUCAAUAGAGAUCAAUGGGAAAAUCCAUGAGUUCACCUCUGGUGAUGAAUCACAUCCAGAAAUGAGCCAGAUAGCAUUGAUGCUGGAAGAGAUGAACUGCAAGGUAAGGGAUGCUGGCCAUGUUCCUGAUCUGGCCAAUGUUCUGCUUUAUGUUGAUGAGCAGGAGAGAGAAUAUCUGCUCAGCAGACACAGUGAAAAGCUUGCAUUGGCUUUUGGUCUCAUCAGCACUGGCCCAGGAACGCCUAUUCGAGUUGUAAAGAAUUUAAGAAUCUGUUCUGACUGCCAUUCUUUCGCUAAAUUGGUUUCGAAAAUAUACAACAGAGAGAUUAUAAUGCGGGACAAUAACAGAUUUCACCUUUUCCGGAGAGGGACUUGUUCUUGUAAUGAUUAUUGGUAAGAAUUGUAAGAUAAUGUAAGAUAGUUGUAACCUUUGCUUGUAGAGGGGGAAGUAUUUACAGAAACGCAGGGUUGCUCUGUUCUGUAACCCAAACAUUGAAGAAAAAUAGAAAAAUGAAGAAUAGAGUUUCAU